AUGACGAAUAUUUUUGACAAGCUAAAGAAGGACAGUCCUCGAUCUUCCACAGACUUUCAUAUUCCAGACGUAUUCGUGACCCCGCCUCAAGAUGAUGACAACGAGUACGAUGCCGAUAUAUCUGGACCGUACAUAGAGCACAGAACUUCAGUUGCCAGUGAUAGCAGCAGUGUGUUUACUCAGCCUCAACAACAGCAUGACGAGUUUCAAGUGCGCGUUGAUAUGAUUAGACAAGAAUCUCGAUAUAAAUCUUUUGAUGAUCUACCGAGUGAUGAUGAAGAAGAUAGUGGGGAGUGUCUUGUUGACCUACUCCAGCAAGCUCCUUUACCUGUAUCAGACACUUCGACGGCUGACAGAGGGGUAUCUCCACGUUCAUCAAGGAUAGGAUUAAGGAUAGAUACGUCGAUAGAGGAGGACCAAAUUAGCGUGAGCAGUCGUGCCAAUGUCCUCACUUCUUCUACAUCUUCGUCAUUCAGUCCUGAGACACCUACCCACUCCUUACCACAUAUACCCGAAUCUCGAUCUAAGAUGUCGCUCAACAGCAUCGGCGGUAAAAAGAAAAGUCUUAGGAAGAGGAUAUCAACACGCUUUCGCUCUAAUUCCACUCAGAAUGAUUACAACGUUAGUACUAUAAGCACUCCUUCCCCAAAAUUGCCUCCGAUAGCACACAUACACCACAAAGACAACAAAAACAAUCCAGACCUAAUUAUCGAUCAGGUCAAGAUAAGAGCUGCACAGUUACAAUCUUUAGGUUUUGACAAAAAGGUCUUUGACAGCGACGCGAUAAUACAUGCCUUAGGACAUGGGGAUAAUCACACGAAGGACGAAAUAGUCGGCAUAGCGACUUAG